AUGGCUGAAGUGCCUCGUACGAUUUUGCUCGUCGUCACUACUGGCGGCUUCACACACGCGGCGCCCGUCCUGGAGCUGGGCAAGGUUCUCUCCGCGCGCGGGCACAACAUCGAGUUUGCCACUCUGGACGGCCAAGAGAACUGGGUCAGCGGCUAUGAAUUCGUCACCAAGGUCCAUGUUCUUGGGCCGGGUCCAACAGAAGAACAAAUGAACAGUCACUACCUUCGCAUGCGCGACUGGGACAUGUCCAGGGGGGUAGCGACCACCAUGGAGUCCAAGUUCAUGUUCGACUCGUUCUGGCCCCAGACGUAUAAGCGCUUGAAGGCCAUCAUGGAGGACGACUCCAGUGCGAAGCCGGGCAUGAUUGUGGCGGAUUUCUUCGCCGACGCCGUUAAAGACGUACACUUUGAGUAUCGUGUGCCCCUGGCCGUGGUGUGGCCGCAAAUGCCCCAUCUCAUGUUCCCCUGCUCCUACAUACCGGGCGAGCCGGGAUUUCAAAUAGAGGGGACCUUGACGUCGGAAGACGCGUCGAUGUGGCUGCGGCUCAGGAAUGAGUGGGUGGUGAUUCGGGCGCUGCCGCAGAUCGUGAAGCUGUCCAGGUUCACCAGGGCGAUGCGCAGGAAGGCCGGCGUCGGCUAUGACUUGCCGAGUCCCACGAAGCCAGACUACCUGGUGUUGGUCAAUUCAUUCUAUGGGCUGGAGGUGCCAAAGGACCUGCCGCCUCUAUGUGCGCCGGUAGGACCGAUUCUGGGCGACGAGUUCCCCCCCCUGGAUGAUGCCACGGACAGGUUCCUCGCCGGACACGGGAAGACGGUGUAUGUCGCGCUGGGCACGCACGUCAUCCUCACGAACGACGACACGGCAAAGAUUGUCAACGGGCUGCUGCGACUCCUUGCAGAAGGCCUGGUUGACGGCGUGAUUUGGGCAGUGGGCAGAAGCGGUCGUCGAGACAUGGACGGCGGCCAGACAUUCCAACACCAGGGCCGGGCCCUACGGCUGGGGGACUUGAUGGACGGCAGACACCCGGACUGGCUGUUUACUCUGUUCGCUCCCCAGCGAGCCAUACUGGACAGCGAUUCGGUGUGUCUGUACUUUACCCACGGCGGCGGCUCCAGCGCCAAUGAGGGCGUCUACCACGGAAAGCCAAUGCUGGCCAUGGGCAUCUUCUCGGACCAAGUCGCAAACAUGACGCGGCUCGUAGGGGCCGGCGUGGCCGAACCGCUGAACAAGUUCCGCUUCACGUCGGACGAACUGUACACCAAGGCACGGACGAUGUUGCGAGACGAGCAAGGCCUCUAUGCGAGGAACGUGCUGCGGCUGCGGCGCAUUGCCCGCGUGGCCGCCCGUCGAAAGCACCACGCGGCUGAUUUGAUAGAGGAGCUGAUGUAUGACGCUGAGCUGAGGUUUCAAGGAGACAGGGAGCUGCGGCCCAUGCAUUUGCAGACGGCGGAUAUGAGAAUGCCCAUGUACAAGGCUAGAAACUGGGAUCUGAUGGCUGCUGGAGCCGUUGUGGUUGCUUCAGUAUCGGGACUUGGGAUUACUCUCGGGAAGAUGCUGUGGAUGCACAGGAAGUUGGUGACCAGCUCGGUUGGAUCCUUAUUUUCAGGUUCUUGA